UUUUUCCCUCCUCCUCUUCUCCACCUCUUCUAAAACCUAUUUCUAUGAGCGUUCCAGCGGAGGGCUCAAUUCUCCGCCACUCCUGGAGCUCGAAUUCGCGAUCGAGCUCGAUUCUCCUCCACCACUGCAUGGGCGCUUUAGGCAGAUCCCUUUUCCCAAGGAUUGGAGGCUAGACUCUCAAAAGGAAGUGAGUGGAGGAGCUCGGACUCCACCUCGGACACCGGGGGCACCGACCUCGGGCACCCGGCUACGCGCUUUUGCUUAACAUUCUUUCUUUUAUCUUUGCUUUGGUAUCUACUUACGGCCACCAUUCUCCAUUCUUCCUCCUCUCCGUGUGAGCACGGGAAGCAUCCGGGUGGUGAUGAGACGAAGAAAAAAGGAGGAGGAGCCACGACUGUAGCGCAGAAACUCUUCUUUUCUUGGUAGAUAGAUCGAUAGAUCGAUCUUGGUAGAUUGCGACCUUUCCAGUGGAAGAAAUUUCCACAGCGUGGAUUUUUCUUUGGCGGCCGGUUUGAUUGAUUGCAAUGAGACAGGGAAGAUCCAGCCACCAAGCACAAGAGCUCUCGAUUCAUCCCAGCUAUGGAGGCCGAGGAGGAGGAGGAGGUGGAGGGGGAGCUCACAUCGCCACAGUGCCACUGCGAUGGGACCAGGCGCUGGAUCACAGCAGUGGCGGUGGCGCCAUCGCCCAGCACCACUUCGUGGAGGUGACGCUGGAUGUGCGCGACGACUCGGUGAAGCUGAGGAGCGUGAAUCCCACCAUCGCCGCCGCCGCGGUGCAGUGUAGCGGCGGCGGCGGCGAGGAGCACCCCGAGAGGAACCUCCUCGCGCCCGCGCCGGUGGCUGCGCUGGAUCACCAGCAGCACUGGGCGGACAAGAGAUCGCUGCGCAGCUCGCUCAAGCGCACCGCCUCCAACACGUCCAGCCGGAUGAAGCAGCUGUCCCAGGAGCUCAAGCACGCGGCCGCGCGCGUCCUCUCCUCGCGAUUCAACCCCGACGCCAUCGCCGCCGCCACCGCCGCCGCGACGAGCUCCUCGAGCAGCGGUGGUGCGCAUGCUGGCUCUUCGCGGCCCAGGUACCUCUCGCGAUCCAAGUCGGGCGCCGAGAACGCGCUCCACGGGCUGCGAUUCAUCACCAAGGCCGGCGCCAACGCGGCCGAUCGAUCCGCGCUGUGGAAGAGCGUGGAGGAGCGAUUCGACAAGCUGGCGUCGCCCGAGGGGCUGCUCAAUCGCGGCGAUUUCGGGCAAUGCAUUGGGAUGAAGGACUCCAAGGAGUUUGCGGGCGAGCUCUUCGACGCGCUGGCGAGGAAGAAGGGGAUGACCAACGCGGAGCAAAUCUCCAAGAGGGAUCUCUACGAGUUUUGGCUCCAGAUCUCGGAUCAGAGCUUCGAUGCGCGAAUGCAGAUCUUUUUCGACAUGUGUGACAAGAAUGCCGAUGGCCGGAUCUCCGAGGAGGAAGUCAAGGAGGUGAUCAUGCUCAGCGCCUCCGCCAACAAGCUCUCCAAGCUCAAGGAGCAAGCCGAGGAGUACGCCGCGCUGAUCAUGGAGGAGCUCGAUCCCGACAACUUGGGCUACAUCGAGCUAUGGCAGCUAGAACAGCUGAUGCGAGGAGCGCCGAUCGGGGGCUACAGCCGCGAUCUCCAGCAGCUCAACUACAGCCAGACGCUGGUGGCGCCGCGGCGGCGGAAUCCAAUCCGCGCCUUGUCGCGCACCACCAGGAACUACGUGAGCGAGCACUGGCAGAGGAUCUGGGUGGUGUCGGUGUGGCUGGCGGCCAUGGUGGCGCUCUUCACCUGGAAGUUCGUGCAGUACAAGAACCGUGCCGCGUUUGAGAUCAUGGGCUACUGCGUGUGCGCCGCCAAGGGAGCCGCGGAGACGCUCAAGCUCAACAUGGCGCUCAUCUUGCUCCCGGUUUGUAGGAACCUCAUCACCACCUUGCGAUCGACAUGGCUGGGCCUCGUCGUCCCUUUCGACGACAACAUCAACUUCCACAAAGCGAUUACUAUCGGGAUUGCUUUCGGAGUUAUCAUCCAUGGCGGUGUCCACCUUGCCUGCGACUUCCCCCGGAUCGUGCAAGCCUCGGACGAGGAUUUUAACGCCAAGAUUGGCCGCGGCUGGCACUACGAGAAGCCGAGCUACAUGGACAUUGUCAAGUCGGUGACGGGGAUCACCGGGAUCAUCAUGGUGGUGCUCAUGAUCAUUGCCUUCACGCUCGCCACCCGCUGGUUCCGCCGGAGCCUCGUUAAGUUACCAUGGCCCUUCCAUCGCCUUACUGGGUUCAACGCCUUUUGGUACUCGCACCACCUCUUUGUCAUCGUCUACGUCUGUCUCAUCGUCCACAGCUUCAAGCUCUUCUUGAGCUUCAAGUUCAAGGAUAAAACCACUUGGAUGUACCUCAGCGUGCCGUUGCUUCUUUACACCGGGGAGCGAACUUUGAGAUACUUUCGAUCAGGGAAUUACUCUGUACAGAUUCUCAAGGCUGCGAUCUACACUGGAAACGUAUUGGCUUUGCACAUGACGAAGCCACCUGGGUUCAAGUAUAAAAGCGGCAUGUAUCUCUUCCUUAAAUGCCCAGCAAUCUCACCGUUCGAGUGGCAUCCGUUUUCCAUAACCUCCGCCCCUGGAGACGACUUCGUGAGCGUACAUAUCCGAGUUCUUGGCGACUGGACGCAGGAGAUGAAGCGAAUCUUCUCCGAGGUGUGUGAGCCACCGAUUGGAAACAAGAGUGGCCUUCUCCGAGCCGAGUACAUCGUUGGCGCGGCGUCGCGGAACAAGUUUCCAAAGCUGUUGAUCGACGGGCCUUACGGAGCUCCGGCGCAGGACUACCGGAAGUACGAUGUGUUGCUACUGGUCGGACUGGGCAUUGGAGCCACCCCGUUCAUCAGCAUCCUCCGGGACAUGCUCAACCACAUCAAAACUUCCGACCACCCAUCGCCAAGCGACUCCGUCCACAUUGACAUGAUCCGGGCCAUGGAGAGCCCGCGGAGGCGAAAGAGGCGAGGCCCGACCAACGCUUACUUCUACUGGGUGACGAGAGAGCAGGGAUCUUUCGACUGGUUCAAAGGCGUGAUGAAUGAAGUUGCCGAGAUCGAUCAAAAGGCUGUGAUUGAGAUGCACAACUAUUUGACGAGCGUUUACGAGGAGGGCGACGCAAGGUCUGCGUUGAUCACCAUGGUCCAAGCUCUCCACCAUGCCAAGAAUGGUGUGGACAUUGUCUCGGGAACCAGAGUACGCACGCACUUUGCCAAGCCAAACUGGAGGAAAGUAUUCUCCAGGCUCGCAAGCACGCAUCCGGAUUCUAGAAUUGGUGUAUUCUUUUGCGGAUCGUCUCUUCUGGCCAAAGAGCUGGACCAGAUAUCGCGCGAGUACACGUAUCAGACGAGCACCAGAUUUGAGUUCCACAAAGAACACUUCUAAAAGAAGGAAGCAAAGGCGAAAGCUUUGUGUAUAGAGAUACAGCACACGCAUACACACAAUUAUUUACGAAGGAGCGAACAAAGCAACACUCCUUUUCAGUCGAAAAACGAUCGACACUCGAUGUACAGAAGUACCAACAUCGCAGAAAAAGAAUUUUGUAAGUCAAAGGGGACUCCUUUUUUCUCUCUCGAGUUUAUAGUCCAUGUAGAAUUGAGUCGAAUUGUUUUGCAAGGAUCGAGUCAAAUUGGCUGCUGCGAAUACGAUCCAUCUUUUGUCGUCUCCAGUUCGUUUCUAGCUGUAGAAACACGGAGAAAAGAAGCGAACGCGCACACAGCGCAGUGUUAUGAAGAACACGACGCGAUGGGCAGAAAGAACAGGAACGUUCUUUUUUUUCUUUUCUUUUCUGCUUUAUUUAACAAUAUUGUUAUUCUUUACUAAUUCCUUUCAUGGGGAAUAACUAUUCUUAAAAUCCUUUUUCUUUUUC